AAUUAUUAUUAAUUUAAUGUCAGAGAAUAUCUAAAAUAGAGUUUCAUCAAUUUUUGAAAAGCUAAAUAACAUCUCAACUAGUGUUUAAGAUGAGUAAGUUAGGAAUAAUACAUAAUAGGAAAAAUAAUCGUUUUCAUACAAUAAGUUAAUUGAUUAUGGCUUUUGAGGCAUAAUUAUAACAUUAAUCGGAUUUGAAAGAAGAGAAAUUUGCAUAUAUAGCACAAAAAGUGAGAUAAAUAACAGAAUUUUUGGAAUAAGAAUAAGAAGAGUAAAAAUAGUAUAGAUAUUUUAUAGUCGUGAGAGAUAAGAAAGUGAAACUUACAAAUUGAUAACUGAUUUAGAGAGACACUCAAGAAGAUUAAUAGAAUAGAAUUCAAAAGAUAGAGUAGAAUAAGAGAAAAAGAUAGUAUAUUAAAUUGGACAAUAAAUAGAGAGUUUAUAAUAGGAAGUAAUAAAGGAAGGAUUAGUAAUAAUUAAUUAAUUAAAUUAAUAGGCUUAAUCAACAUCUCAUGAAUAUAUAGAUUCUUAUUUGAAUGAAGAUUUACCAAAAAUAGCUGAUGAAUUAUAGAAUGAGAUUACAGAGAGAAAAGAUGUUGAAGAGAAGAUAUAUCAUUAAUUUGUAGAAUAAUUGAAUGAUUUAAGAGAAUUAUUUGAUAGGUUUAAAUAUAAGAUUAAUAUAUAUAUAGAGAGAAGAAAGAGAGAGAAGCAAAAGAGGAAGAGAUAGUUGAGAGUUUGAGAGAAAUAUCAGGAAGAAUAUAGGAAUAAUUAAGAAAAACAAGAGGAGAAAGAGAGAAAACAGAAGAAACAUUAGUAUAAUUAGUAGAGAAAGUAAUUGAAAAAUUAAAGAGAGAAAUGUUAGAAAUGAACUUAUGAUAAUCAUAG